CUCAACUGUUUAGAACAAACUAAGUGUUGGAUCAGCAGAGCUAGAAAACGCGGAAAUGGCUGCUGGACCAUGUGCGUCACUCUGCUCGACUUUGCUGUUUAUUGGCGUCUUCGCGUUUGUGUCUGCAGACCAGAAAAUCAUCACAGCUGAGUCUGGACAGGACGUCACUCUGACAUGUCGAGCUCCAAACAACAACUUCAUAGUUGUAGAGUGGAGCAGAGCUGACCUGGGAGAUGAAUAUGUGUUUGUUUAUCGGGAUGGGCGAUUUGUUCCAGACAGCCAGCAUCCAUCUUUUAAGAACCGGGUGGACCUUCAGGACAGACAGAUGAAGGAUGGAGACGUGUCUCUGGUUCUGAAAAAUGUGACGACUGCUGAUGAUGGAUCAUACAAUUGUAAUAUCUUCAAUGGAGGGACAACUUCAUGGGAGAGCAUCAACACUGUCAGCCUGACUGUUUCAGGUCAGACAGAAGGACAAGAGAAGGAUGAAGACAACAAAGAUGGAGGAAAGGAAGACAAAGAGAAGGAGGAUGGAUCUGCUGGACUGACUGUUGGUCUGUCAGUUCCUGCUGUGCUUCUUGUUGCUGUUGUUGUUGGUUUCCUGAUCUACAAAGGAUGUAAACAGAAUCCUGCUGAUCCACAUGAAGCAGAGCAUCUUCAGCCUGAUUACCAGAAAACCAUCCCAGCUGAGUCUGGACAGGACGUCACUCUGACAUGUCGAGCUGUAAAUAAUGAGUCAGAGAAAAUGAACCAACAGCUUCAUCAACCUGAGGUUGAUCCAACACAGACUCAGACAUUUCUCUCAGUCUGAUCCUCUCUGAGUCUCAGUCACUCAUUGUAAAUGACCUCAUUAAUGUUUUCCUUCAUAAAUUGGUUCAUACGUGCAUAUUAUUCUGUUGUAGCUUGGACACAGCUAAUGUUUUUAUUUGGAAAGUAGAACGACCAGGUGUCAAACAUCAGUCGAUGUAAACUAUACAGCAGCACGAGCUCCAACAUACAGAGAGAAGAUUUGCUCAACGGUUAAGAAAUGGGAAAAAGGCUGUUAAGGUGGAAUUCUAAGUUGCAAAUAGUUCCCUGGCACCUGGUUGAUGAGGGAACAAUGUUGGUAUCAAAGUUUAUUGUUUAAAUGUGUACUUUUGUUAUUUCACGGAGCAUAAAGCUGCUGACUGCUACUGAGUGUAACGGUUAAGUUUUCCCCCACUAGAGGGCGCUCACACCUCGGUACAUGUGUCAUGUUUAGUCAGCGAUGCAAAGAUUUACAAGAUUCACUGUUAUAUGCUUUUUAAGGUCAAAGACAAUCGUAAUAUGGUGUAUUUUAUCUCAGGGUAUAGAAAAGGUAAGAGGCUAAAUGUUAGAAGGGUUGAAUAAAUAUACACGGCAAAAGCGCUCAAUGUAGAGAUUCAAGGGCCUUAAAGGUGUCAUCAUUUAAAGUAAUACAAUUAUGAUUAAUAAAUAAGGAAAAAGGUUAAAGAUUAAAGUUACCAAUGGUAAUUUUAUUCUGUACAUUUUGUAGCUUUUACGGUGUGAUCACAUUCAAAGCUGUUCAAUAAAAGGA